AUGGACGUCGUCAAUGUACUCCAGACACCACCUAUCUUCUUUCGUUUGUUUAUAAAGCUCGCAUUGUCGUUGUUCAGUUCCACAUUCAACCUCAACUACAAAGCUAUCCCUGAGAGGCGCCAACAGAGCUCAUAUGACAUCGACCCUCGGACUGGCUUUUUCCCCCCAAAACCUCUCCAGCGCCUGCCAUCGGGCUACUCCAUCUGGGAGGAUGCUUUGCGCGCCGCGAAUGGGAAUUUGAGUUUGGGUGAAGACGACUCGGAAGAAGCCUUGUCCAAACGCGCCUUUGGUGAAAGAUGGAGAUCGAAUAUCGCGUCUUGGCCCGUGUUGGAUUGUACCCCACUACAAACUGAUCUCCGUUCUUGUCAGCGCGCGCAUAUGGUUCUUGCAUGGCUCGUCAAUUUCUAUGUCCAUUCAAUGCCUCGUCCUCAAGGAACACCGGCUCUUGUGCCAAAGUCCUUGGCAGUUCCAUUGACUCAAAUUUCUCGUCACCUUGCAAUGGCUCCUGUCCUUACGUUCGCCGACACAGUGCUGUGGAAUUGGGAGCUUGUAAAUCCUGCGGAACCCCUAUCCAUGGACAACAUUCGAUUCGUUAAUCUGUUCUCAGGGACCGAUGACGAAAGGAAUUUUUAUCAAUCUUCUGCGAGGGCCGAGCUGCGCGGGGUAGAGAUUUUGCGGAUAAUUGAUGACUAUACAUCCCAUCCCAAUAUUAGAGACCUGACCGCCAUUUCAAAAGUCGCUCGAGAUCUCACUCGUCUUUCGGGGAUUGUGGAUUCGAUCAGUGAAAUUAUUCAAUCUGUGCGUCCUAAUUGCGACCCUCACGUUUUCUAUUGGGACAUUCGUCCAUGGUUCGAAGGCAGCGACGCGAAAGGACCUACGGAGCCAGGUUGGAUCUACGAAGGAGUGGAUGUAUCUGAACCACUUGACCUCAGCGGACCAUCCGCUGGUCAGAGCAGUGUCAUGCACGCUCUUGACAUUUUUCUGGAUAUUGAUCAUAAACUUGGCCAAAGACGUUACCCUGCGCCUUCAUCAGAGAAUAAGCGCGCCGAUCUAGGCUUCAUGGAGAGGAUGAGGCGAUAUAUGCCAGGAAAACACCAGGACUAUCUUCGACAACUUUCCUCGAUCUCUCUAACCGUACGCGAAGUGGCACGAUCGACUCCUGCUCUUCGUGAUCCUUACGACAAUGCCGUCACAGCGUUGAAGCGCUUACGAGACCAGCAUAUACGUAUUGCUUGCCUGUAUAUUGUGACAAUGUCUCGAUCCACCCCAGGUUCACGGGCAGGAUGUCCAGCAAGUGCAAUGAUUGAACGACUCCAAGCUGCUAGGGCGUCCGGGAAGGGGCCCGUUCGGGGGACAGGGGGCAAUGAAUUGUCUGUUCUCCUCAAGGCGGGGAGGGAUGCUACUCGGCGGGCAAUCUUGAAGUCCAAUUGA